CAGACAGUGAGAGCACAGAGAGAGAGGAGAAGGAAGGCAGAUAAAAUGAAGGAAAUGAAAUAAAAGGAUUCUUCUUCCUCUUCUGCAUCGUUUAUUUUGGAGCGUCUGCUGCUGUGCUGUGGAUCCGCUCAUUUCAUUCCUGUAUGCUGGAGGAUUUAUCAGAAGUGUCGACAGGAAGCUUUCCUCACAGAGUGAGAUGUCACCUGGAUGCAAGAAGGAGCAACAGAAAUAAGACAGAGCUGCUUCCAAAUGCUCCAGGUCCGGUUCUGACGAGUCCCCGUCUCUCCGAGUCCCAACAGCCGAUGGCCAGCUGAGGUCUGUACGGGUCUCAGCAGAGUGGAAGGAAACAUCCCAGCAGCCAAUCUGUCAGAGGAACCAUCUGAGCAAUCAGCAGAGGGCAGGACUACAUGCGAGCAGCUGGAGGGAGAGAAAUGUUGGGAAAGGGUGGGCGAGCAGCCCUGGCUCUCCUGUCAUUUCUACUGCUGCUGCUGCAGGAAGCGUCGGGUAUCGAAGUUCCUCUCGAUCUGAAGCAGCCCCCCACCAUAACCAAACAGUCAGCCAAGGACUACAUUGUGGACCCCAGAGACAGCACCAUCGUCAUUGAGUGUGAAGCCAAAGGCAACCCUGUGCCGACGUUCACAUGGAGGAGAAACGGGAAGUUCUUCAACAUUGGCAAAGAUCACAGAGUGACAAUGAAAAAACGCUCAGGGACUCUGGAGAUCGGAUUUAAAACCGGAGGAAAACCAGAGGACUACGAAGGAGAGUACCAGUGUUUUGCCACCAAUAACUAUGGAGUGGCUCUGUCCAACAAAAUACUGCUCCGGGUCUCCAAGGCUCCCUUGUGGCCUAAGGAAUUGCUGGACCCAGUGACAGUGACAGAAGGCUCCCCCCUGGUCCUACCCUGCAACCCGCCCCCUGGCCUGCCUCCUCCAUACAUAUUCUGGGCGGACAGUAAUAUGGCAACCAUUCCUCAGGAUAGCAGAGUCUCCAUGGGUCUCAACGGAGACCUCUAUUUCUCAAAUGUUUUAGUUGAAGAUGGACAAACAGACUACUGCUGCAACGCUCGCUUCCCCUUCACACAAACCAUCCAGCAGAAGAACCCCUUCAACCUCCGGGUUCAAACCACGGAGCCAUACAAUGACACGUCUCACAAUGCAUCCGACCCCUACGGUGGCCGCAAAGUAGCACAGUCCCCGCCAACCUUCCUGUCCCCCUCAGGGCAAGAGAGCUCCAAAAUGGUGCUACGAGAUGAGCAACUGCUGCUGGAGUGCAUUGCUGCUGGGCUUCCUACUCCCACCAUCAAGUGGUUCAAGAGGGGCGGAGAGCUUCCAGUAGAAAAGGUGAAGUUUGAUAAAUACAACAAAACUCUGGAAAUCAGCAACGUGUCCGAGGAGGAUGCUGGCGAGUAUGUGUGCAUGGCCAACAACGACCUGGGCAGCAUACGCCACGCCAUCGACGUGCAGGUUAAAGCGGCUCCUUACUGGUUAGACAAACCUACCAACUUGGUGCUAGCCCCAGAGGAGAACGGCCGUCUGGUAUGUCGAGCCAACGGCAACCCCAAGCCCAACAUUCAGUGGCUGGUGGAUGGAGAGCCCAUCGAGACUGCUUCACCGAAUGCCAACAGAGAAGUGCUUGGAGAUACCAUCCUCUUCCGGGAGGUGCAGAUCGCCAGCAGCGCUGUCUACCAGUGCAACGCCUCAAACCAGCACGGCUACCUGCUGGCCAACGCCUUCGUUAGUGUUCUUGACAUGCCUCCAAGGAUGCUGGGACCCAAAAAUCAGUUAAUCAAAGUCAUCGUGAACAACCGCACCUUCCUGAACUGCCCUUUCUUUGGCUCACCAUUGCCCGUGUUACGCUGUUUAGAGCCGACACGUAUAAUUCAGGCUCCCACGCCUCAGUCAGCUGUGAGGGGUUCUACAGCAGCCUUCCACUGUAAGGCGGUCUCUGACUCCACCCUGCCCACCAAGGUGAGCUGGACAAAGGAUGGAGAGCCUCUGAAUCCAAGAUGGAGGGUAAAGAUUGAUAAAGAUUCCCUGACCAUCUCCAGUGUCAGUGAGGAAGAUGAGGGAUUGUACACCUGCAUCGCUCAAACUGAGAUAGACCAGGACGCCGCCUCAGCCCGCCUCACCGUCUUAGAGGACGCCUCCUUCAACCCCUCCAUCUUUAGUGCCUUACCUCCAGACCGUCCAGACCCACCAAUGGAUCUGGAUCUGUCAGACCCACUAGAAAGAAGUGUUCGGCUCACCUGGAUCCCUGGAAACGACCACAGGAGCCCCGUUACAGAGUUCUUGGUCCAGUUUGAGGAGGAUCGCUGGGAAGCAGGCAGAUGGCAGAACCUCUCCUCUUUCCCAGGAGACCUCAACUCCGUCAUCCUGCAGCUCGCCCCCAACAUCAACUACCAGUUCAGGGUCAUCGCCAUUAACUCCGUGGGUCGGAGUCCUCCAAGCCGGCCCUCGCCUCGAUACAAAACCAGUGGGGCUCCCCCAGAUGUCAUUCCCAGAGAUCUACGUGGAUGGGGCUCAAAAAAGGACAAUAUGGAGAUCACGUGGGAGCCGCUGCAGGAUAUGCAGAGAAACGGCCCAAACUUGCAGUACAGCGUGUGGUGGAGACGAAAAGAUUCUGGGGAGGAGUGGAGCAAUGUGACCACAUUCCACACCAAAUAUACCGUCCAUCCCACUGAAACAUAUGUGCCUUACGAGAUCAAAAUCCAGGCAAGGAAUGAUUUUGGUUCAGGACCCGAGUCAAAUAUUGUCGUCGGAUUUUCCGGAGAGGACAAGCCCACUGAGGCCCCCACUGAGCUGCGGGUGUCAAAGGUUGGCAGCACCACAGCCAAUGUCCACUGGAAGCCUGUGGAUCUCAGCACUAUCCAGGGGGAGUUCAAGGAGUAUCGACUAUACUACUCCCGUGACUCCAGUCAAAUCAAAGAGCUGGGGGUGAGGAAGGAGAAGAAGACCACUGGUUUCUACACCACUGUGCCGGAACCAUCUGGCAUUCUUAAAGACUUGGUGCCCUACUCCAAUUAUAGCAUGUUCAUGGUGGUGGCGAACAAUGGCUUUGAGAGUAACCCCAGUAACAGAGUGGAAUUCAGCACCAAGGAGGACGGUGAGGACACAAAGCAUCUCAACGGUUCCAGUUUGGGUCCCCAGCAGAUCAAGACCUUCUGGCCAAAUGUGACGAGUUUCACUCUCCGCCUGCCGGAGCGAUCGGCGCGCUACAAGUUCAGCCUGUCGGCGCUCACCAAGGUGGGAGCAGGAGAGGUCUAUGCUGAAGAAUCGCCACACUUUACCAACGAAGAAAACUUUACUCAUGCUACAGAUGUAGUUGAGCUAACGGACGCCACCCUGUCUUCUGCUUUCUCUCCUACUCCUACUCCUUUACCUCCUCUUCCUCCUACUGACAUCCCCCCUACAAAAAGUAAUGUUACUACUAUCUCCCCUCUACCAACUACCACUUCCACAACAACAACAACAACUACUACUACUACUACUACUACUACCACUGAGGCAACUACAACCACUACAACUCCUCUGCUGGUCCCCACCAAACGAGUUGAUCAGAACGUGUUGGGUACAUCCCCUCGGAGAGAGAUCUGGAAUCUGACUGUGGUCCCUAACAGUUACUAUGCUAACGUCAACUGGAGUCACAACUUCCCCGCCGACAUCAAGUUUGUUGUAGAGGUCACUCUGGACAGCAACAACACAAAGACUUUUGAAGAAGUGAAAAAACCACCGGUUCAUUUGAAGGCUCUGAUUGCUGGGGAGACGUACCGCCUGAGGGUUUACUCCCAAGAGCUGAGCAGCGUCAGCAGCGAACCCGUCAUCUUUAAAACCAAAGCAGCUCACAUAGACCAGGUGGACAUAGCCACUCAGGGCUGGUUCAUCGGCCUGAUGUGCGCCAUCGCCCUCAUUAUACUGAUUCUCCUCAUUGUCUGCUUCAUCAAGAGGAGCCGCGGAGGCAAAUACCCAAUUCGUGACAAAAAAGAUCUCCCCCUGGACUCGGUGGAUCACAAAGAUCCUGACGGAUCCUUUGACUACCAAAAUGGUUCCUCUGUUCGUGACAGGAACGAAAAUGAGAACAGCAGCGACGAGGACAACAAGCCUCUGCAGGGCAGCCAGACUUCGCUGGACGGCAACGUGAAGGAGAGCGAUGACAGCCUGGUGGACUACGGGGAAGGAGGCGACGGCCAGUUCAACGAGGACGGCUCCUUCAUUGGUCAGUACACCGUGAAGAAGGACAAGGACGAGACGGAGGGCAACGAGAGCUCUGAGGCCACCUCUCCUGUCAACGCCAUCUACUCCUUAGCAUAGCGGAGCCGCGCCGCACACCAGGACUCGGUCUUAUUCCUAUUAGCCACCUCACCGUACACAAGACACACUUGAUUAUAUGAAUAUUUAACACCUGCUACACGGAACAAGCAGGAGGGUCUUUGUGGAGAGGCUCUCCUGAAGGGAUGAAGUGGAAGAACAUGGGCGAAUCUUAGACCACAAGCCUUUAAUUUGUGUUUUCAGCUCUGAUAACGGGAUCUGUUGGAGGUGAUGGAGGGACAGAGAGAAGAAGAAGUCUCCAUGGCGCCGGGUCUGCUCCUUACCCACACUAACUUGAAGUGUGCCUUCAAGGCAGCUUUGGAUGUCGUUGUUUUGUGUAUGUUUGCCGUUCAUCUCUCUGCUGCUCUGCCUGAGACGCCUCCCACCGAAUCCAACAGGGAUGACAUCACUCCCACGCCAUCCCGUCACGUAUCAGCCUCUCACCGUUAAUCUGAACUGGAUGCUGGCAGAUAUGUUUAUCAUAUUGAUACUUGCGCAACGAACGAUUUUUAUUUCUCCUCCCAGCUGGUAGAUGAUGGAGCGAAUCCUAAGGAAUGCUGUACACCUUUCCUGGCACACCUUUCCGUGCCCCUUUGAAACUAUGCACAACCUCCCUCCUGUUUUGAGUUUGAUCUGGUCUGUCAACAUUUGCUUUCGUUAACCAUCUUAAAUCUGAACACAGGCGCUUUUUCAACAUGUUUGUCUCCUAUCUUCAAUUCAUUGUUUUGAUCCAGCGGCUCCGCAGGCUGCAGCCCCUCUUAGGUUCUUCUAAAAAAGUCCAUCUUUGAGGUAAUGAGAGAGAAAAGAUUGUUUCGGUGCAUGCUGGAAAAAAUAACACGAAAAACGGAAAAAUGUAGUUUAGCAAGCAGGAAGAAAGUCCUGGUAAUAGAUCAUAUUUUGGAGAACUGGGAGAGUUCCAUUGAAAAGUCAACUCACUAUAUCCACCAGGCUACAUGAGGAGAAGCCCAGCAGAGAAAAUAAUAAUAAAGAAGUGAUCAUUUACUAACAGCCUUUAAAUGGUAGGAAAACGCUUUCUUGUAUCCUGAGAUUCAACCAGCUGGCUUUCUGUUUCUUUCAUUUCUUCUGCUCUUCAUUCCUGCUUUAUAGAUGUUAAACCCCACCUCAAGGUUAUUACUGGAUCUGGGCCUGAUUAAGGCAAAAAUAUUCGUAAAAAGAAAACUUUUCAGUAAAUUUGACCUUUCAAGUUUCUUCCGGCUGCAAAAAAAACAUGGAAAAAACGACAUCCGGAAAAAACUUCCAGCCCUGUUAGCAAGAGACACCAAAAGAGGAUUUUAGUUCCUCAUAAACAAAUAGGCUUUAAGUAGUGCUUUGAUUGGAAAUCAGAUGACUCAGCUUCUAUUCUUCUCCCGGUGGAGUUCAGGUUAUUUAAACAAGAAUAUUAAAUCUGAAGGAGCUUCCCUGUUUGGAUACAAGACCGAAGGAAGAAUCCAAUCCUUGUAACAUAGCCACGCAUGUUUUAGACGGUCAGAGCGGAUCUUUGGGGUUCGGGGUUCUUUGGUCGAUCCGUUUAUCCUGAAACCAAAUCAGCUUAAACGUUUGGAGCAAAGCGACUGUUUGCCCCUCUGGACAUGGAGGAAGGAGAAAAGAAGAUGGUGUCCAGACUGAAAUGAGUUCAUGAGUUCUAAUGAAAACUGAACAAUAUUGAAGAUGCUGAGAUAUUAUUGAAUCACUAAGGCCCCGUCCACACGAAGUCAAAACGAACACGAAACGCUAAUAU